UCCACCCACCCCACCCACCCUGGGCUCUGACGCGCGGUGCGUAAAAGCGCUUCAGUCGCGCCUGUGUGUCCACGGCUGACGGAGGCGAAUCGGCGGCGGCGGCAGCGGAGAUGCUUUAAAGCCCAACUUCAGCCUGUCUGUGGCGGCAGGGACGGCCGAUGAGUCCCCGACAUCCGGCACCAGGAGCGGGCAGCGGCGGACAUGACGGAGGACACGCACAGCGGGACACGGACUGAGUGGGAGACUCCGGCUGCGCGUGGAUUGUAACUCGCCCCGGUGAUUUUACAUGGCAGCGCGGAGCGGCGUGGCUGUCCCGGGAGACACGCGGAGGCGGUGCGAGCUGGAAUGAAAUGGAGAUGCUGGUCGGACACGUAUGACUGGAGAUGGAGGCCUUCGGUGAAGUCAACACCACGCAGGAGGAGCUCCGCUUCCUGCCCCUGCCUGACAGUGACCCCAACAACCUCGGCUACCAUGAUUACCCUCCGAAUGUCGGCAUCCUCCCGCCGGUUCUGCCCACAGGAUACGAGGGAGUCAAUUUUCCAGAAGACCCCAUCCGACUGAUGAGUGUCCAGGUGGUGUUGAUCUUGGCCUACAGCACCAUCAUCGUGCUGGGGGUUCUGGGUAACUCUCUGGUCAUCUACGUCAUCUAUCGCUUCAAGACGCUGCGAACCGUCACCAACUUCUUCAUCGCUAAUUUGGCAAUCGCCGACCUGCUGGUCAACACGCUGUGCCUCCCCUUCACGCUGGUCUACACGCUGCAGGGAGAGUGGAGGUUCGGCAGCACGCUCUGCUUCCUGCUGCCGUACGCCCAGGUCCUCGCCGUGCACGUCUCCACCGUCACGCUCAACGUCAUCGCCCUGGACCGCCACAGGUGCAUCGUGUACCACCUGGAGACCAGGAUGAGGAAGGACGUGUGCUUCGGGGUGAUCGCGCUGACCUGGGUGCUGAGCGCCGUGCUGGCCAGCCCCAUGGCCAUCUUCAGGGAGUACGGCUCGUUCACGCUGGAGCCCGGCCACACCAUACAGUUCUGCAGGGAGAAGUGGCCCGGGAAGAGCACCGACGGCACCCUCUACAGCAUCUCCAUGCUGAUCCUGCAGUACUUCCUGCCCCUCUCCAUCAUCUCCUUCGCCUACGCCCGCAUCUGGUCCAAGCUCCGCGGCCACGUCAGCCCGGCCGAGAGCGGCGCCGGCAGCAGCGCCAGCUCCGAGCGACACCGCCGCCGCCGCAAGACCACCAAGAUGCUGGUGACCAUGGUGGUGGUGUUCGCCGUGUGCUGGCUGCCCAUCCACGCCUUCCAGCUGGCCACGGACAUCGACAGCUCGGUGCUGGACAUGCGCGACUACCGGCUGCUCUACACCGUCUUCCACGUGGUCGCCAUGUGCUCCACCUUCGCCAACCCGCUGCUGUACGGCUGGAUGAACCGCAACUACCGCGCCGCCUUCCUCGCCGUCUUCAAGUGCCGCAGGGAGAGGGGCCGCGGCGGCCGGCUGGACAGCAUUCACCCCGUCGGCGGGGGAGGAGGGAGGGCCAAGAAGAUAGUCCUGGAGACGCAAGAUCCGGUCUCUGCGCACCUGAACGCCACCGACGUGUGACCGCCUGAGCCUGCGUGGAGGUAGACGGGGUGAGGUAGACGGGGUGAAAAGGAAGGAUGGGAGGGUGAUGUAGGGGAGGAAAUACCACAUGGAGGCCGAAACAAAGGGGGAGAUAAAGAUGGGAGAGAAAAUAGUAACAAAGCCAGUGAGGAGGAGG